AUGGAUUGGGGGAAUUGGUCAAUAGUCAAUGAAUUUGUCCUUGUGAGCUUCACUGCCCUACACCCUGAGCUACAGAUUCUGCUAUUCCUGUUGUUUCUGUUCAUUUAUUUUGUCACUUUUAUGGGAAAUGUCCUUAUUAUCCUGGUCACUACAGCUGAUUCUGCCCUACAUAGCCCCAUGUACUUCUUCCUGAGGAAUCUGUCCUUCCUGGAAAUUAGUUUCAACAUGGUCAUUGUGCCCAAGAUGCUAAGUACCCUGCUGACCAAAAACACAACUAUCUCUUUUGUUGGCUGUGCAACUCAGAUGUAUUUUUUCUUUUUCUUUGGGGCUGCUGAGUGCUGCCUCCUUGCUACCAUGGCCUAUGACCGCUAUGUGGCCAUCUGUAAUCCUUUGCGCUAUCCAGUUAUCAUGGACCAGCAAGCCUGUGUCCAACUAGCUGCUGCCUCUUGGUUCUCUGGAUUUCCUGUGGCCACAGUACAAACAUCAUGGAUUUUUAGCUUCCCUUUUUGUGGUCCAAACAAAGUGAAUCACUUUUUCUGUGAUAGCCCUCCUGUAAUUGCACUGGUGUGUGCUGAUACCUCCCUCUUUGAGCUGGAGGCACUGACAGCCACUAUCUUAUUCAUCCUCUUUCCUUUCCUACUGAUCCUAGGGUCCUAUGUCCGAAUCCUUUCUACCAUCUUCAGGAUGCCCUCAGCUGAGGGAAAACAAAAGGCAUUCUCUACUUGCUCUUCCCACCUUGUUGUUGUCUCCCUUUUCUAUAGCACUGCCAUCCUUACCUACUUCCGGCCCCGAUCGAACACCUCACCUGAGACUAAGAAGUUGCUCUCACUGUUCUACACAGUAGUGACUCCCAUGUUAAACCCUAUAAUCUACAGCUUAAGGAAUAGUGAAGUAAAAGCUGCACUCCAUCGAACACUCCGAAAGGCCCUUGGAGCCCAGAAAUUAUAA